AACAAAUUGUCAUUACAACCGGCCGGGCUACUACGUUCAAUUAGAGUUAAUUAUCUGCCACCACCUUCUGCGGGCCAAUUAUUGAGCGAACGACAACGACGACGACGCGAGACGUCGAAGAAGACAAGAACCCCCGGCCCGCACCGGAGUGGUGGUGACCAGGGAAAGCAGAGUGGGCUGCGUGGCACGCGCCAAGUCUUGGGAAAACUUUUCGUCGUUCCGGAGCAGACGGUGAGUGGUGAAGGCAGUCACAGGGAACGGAUUGCUGCCUCCGCUGCAUUCCUUUCUAAUAAUCGCAAAACGGACCGCGGGGGAGGGGGACAGCUUUGCUCAGCAUUCUGUUGUCGUCGUCGGAUUCUACCAGCGUCGAACGGUGUGGGCAGGAGCGCCAACGUUUUAAAGAGUUUCGCAAUUUGCGCUGCUGACCGUCGAGUCCUUUGAAGCACUGAAGACAAUGUUGUGCCGUCGGAUGCGGCUCACCGAACGCCAUCUACAGCCACCCCGGGAACCACUCGAAGGUCCAAUCGUACGACCCUGCACGGUGAGGAAGCUGAUGAACCUUGGACAAGCGCGCUGCAACGGUGGUGUUGGUGGUGAGCUCUGCACGACCAAUGCCAUCCCUCCAACGACCAUCACCAUUCCGACGGGCGACGCCACAGGACUAGGUUUCGAGGAGCAACCACGUGGGAGGAAACCGCCCGAUGGACCGAAGACACCGCUGAUGAUCGUGAAUCUCAACAUACCGCCCGGCACCGAAACGUUGGCGCCCAAGAGUGCAUCGCGAACGGAACGCACCAAACUUCCUCACUUCUGUCUUCAGUAUCGCAAUCUAACCCGGCUCUGUUCUGCACCGCCCGGGGCGACGACGACGACGACGACAAACACCGUUGGACCGGGCACGGCUACCGGUGGUCCCGGAGCACCGACACAGAUUCCUCAGAUUUUCAUUCAAAGCUUCGAGCUACAGGAUCGUCGUGCUGUCGAUGGGCAAGGCCAGGUGGCAGGGGAUGGUGCACAGGACGGUAACAGUGGCAAUGACGGCCAGCAGUACAACAUCAUCACCGAGAACGAUGAGGAUACGUUCGCGACGCUACUGUUGGAGAACAUUUCGAACAUUUCGCUCGAGAUGAUCCAGCGGCAUCAACAGAAGCUACUCGGGACGGCCGGUUCCUCGAUGACCGAUGGCCAAUUGCAGACUGGGGCUAGUGGUGCGAGUGCAGCCUGCUUCCAGCAUGUCGAGGGUUGCAGUAGCAUGGAUCGUACCGAUAGUAAGACGUCCGCCGAUGGUGUCGUCUGUGGGGCGCUCGAUAUGCGACUGGAUUCGACGGAGGAACGUGGUGGGGCGUUGCCGAGGGAGGGUAGUGGACGGGCGGAAUACGGGAAUGUACGCGGUGGUACGCAGGAUGGGAUCGAUGAGCCACUGAGCGACAUACCGGCCGGAUACCGGUCGCUUUGCUACCGAACACCGAGCCCUAAGACGCGCCAGAUCAUUCGGGUGGAUAUCGUCACGAGCAGGGAGAAGUACUGAGCGCGGACGUAGCUUUUUGGUUGUUGGUUAUGUUUGGCAUUUGUU